ACGGCGUCUUCCUUUUUUAAUCUGGACUUUUUGACGGAAGGCAGACCCGUUAACGCAUAAGGGAGAAUUCGUCCGUACGGCAAUUCUCCCUUCACCUACCCCAACCUCGACCCGGUAGACUGGAAAACGAUGUCGUUUUCUGGGCACUGCAUAGGGCAGCCGCAAACGAUUCUCAAACUUUGAAGAUAUUUGGAACUGGGGACAUCUAAGUCAAAAUGGCGCCAAAGUCCACCCAAUCUUCGCAAGCCAUGAAUGGCAGAGUUCUCUUCUAUUCCCUCCUUCUCACUCUCCAGUACGGUGCACAGCCUUUGAUCUCCAAACGUUUCAUCAGAUGUGAGGUUAUUGUGACUUCAUCUGUUUUGACAUGUGAGAUUGCAAAGGUUGUGUGUGCUUUAUUUUUCAUGGCAAAAGAAGGUAGUCUGAGAAGAGCAUAUAAAGAGUGGACAUUGGUUGGCGCAUUGACUGCAUCAGGACUUCCUGCAGCUAUAUAUGCACUGCAAAAUAGUUUGUUGCAAAUCUCUUACAGGAAUCUCGAUUCACUCACUUUUUCAAUACUCAAUCAAACAAAAAUAUUUUUCACUGCAAUCUUUACUUAUUUAAUACUGAGGCAAAAACAAUCAAUUCAGCAAAUUGGGGCCUUGUUCUUGUUAAUAGUUGCAGCAGUUCUUCUAAGCAUUCGCGAAGGCUCUAGCAAAGACUCUACUGGUGGGCAUGCAGAUCAAAUUUUGUUUUAUGGAAUUGUUCCUGUGUUGGUUGCUUCAGUGCUAUCUGGACUAGCUUCUGCCUUGUGUCAAUGGGCAUCUCAGGUUAAGAAGCACUCAUCAUAUUUGAUGACAAUAGAAAUGUCCAUUGUUGGGAGUCUAUGUCUGCUUGCCAGUACUUUGAAAUCUCCAGAUGGGGAAGCUAUAAGAAAACAUGGGUUCUUUUAUGCUUGGACUCCUCUAACCCUGAUACCAGUAAUUUUCAAUGCCGUUGGUGGAAUUCUCGUUGGUUUAGUUACAAGUCAUGCUGGUGGUGUUAGAAAGGGUUUUGUCAUCGUUUCUGCUUUACUUGUCACAGCAUUGCUACAGUUCUUAUUCGAAGGAGAACCACCUUCAAUGUAUUGCCUUGUGGCUCUUCCAAUAGUGGUUAGUAGCAUCUCAAUAUACCAGAAAUACCCGUACCAGAUUAAGAUUAAGAAGAAGGAAUCAUAAAAUCUGACCACCAGAGUUUGGGAAAGUUAUUUACUAAUUCCCCCACUUACACUAUGUUGUUAUUCCAGAAUAUCUGUAAGCAUAUUGUAAAUGAUAGAAGGCAAACAUUCUUUUGAAGGCCGUCUCGGUCUCAAGUAGAAUUACUAUGUAAUACAGAGCUCUCUUCUUUAAAUAUCCCUGAACUUUCUUGAAUGAGGGAAUCAUUUUGGUCACCUGUU